AAUCUGCCUCCUUGAUUGAUACAAAUCCUUUUUUAUUGCUUAAAAUUAACUCGACUGAAUUUUACCUCUUAAUAAACUAGUGAUGGCUACGAUGGCUUUCUCUCUUGGUAGGGUGAGAACAUGGGCACUGCUAGUUGGUGUGUUGGCUUUUUGUUCGAUUGCUUUAUUAUCUUAUAAGGAGAAUCCUGUGCUUGGGCCAAACAACAAGAGUGCGAUGACAAAUAGGGGGGCAAAUAACGGGUCUAAAAUAUUGGGUCGGAGCUCCAGCAGGCUGAUGGGCUCAUCGACUCCGCUCCUCUACAGCCUACAGGGUCGAGGCUCGAGCUGGGUAGCCGUAUUCCUAUUAGACGACUUCAUUCUGGUUCUAGUUCCGGUUCCGAAUCCCAUUUCUUUGCUCCUGGAAUAUUUAGCUUCGAAUUUGGAUAAAGAAGAGGAAAUAUACAUCAGAAGAAGAAGAUGGGUACAGUGGAACCCAGUUUGGAAGAAUUGUUGGAGCAGAAGAAGCGCGUCAGGAACCCUCUUGUUCCAGCAUCCAGCAGUGGCUUUGACAAGGAAUUGCAUAGCUUCUGCCAGAAGUUCGGACUCAACUUUUACAUGGCUACUGAGGUACACUUAUGACUACAGGGGUCGUCACUCCUCACUGCUGGAUUAGUCAGUUUCAGGUGAGGCAAUUCACAGUUGGGUCAGAUCUUAAUGAGAGCGAGGGUGGUUGUUCAGGGGGCCACAGUGGCAUUUAUAGUUGGCACAGCAUGCUACUAUGGUGUGGAAAUCCCUGGAAAUCAAGUUAGACUCUCUGCCUUGCUUACAGUUUUUCAAAGUUUCGUGUGGUCCUUAUCCGAAAACAAUACGAUGUAGGAGACAAAGGUUCCUUGUUGGAAAACAUUUUUGCCUGCAAUCAGACAAAAUUUUG